AUGCUGCCUUCUGUCGAAUUACCGGUGCAUUCUGUCAUUCCAGUAUCACUGGUCCUUCUCCUCUCCUACCUCCUCUAUGUCCGGCUAACGCGAUGGCGAGUCUAUAAGCACGUUCAUCACAAGUAUGAACAUCGCUUGCGGGACCUUGACGCCCUUACACCUGCCGAGGCGCAAGACAUCAUUCACGCAUCCAUGCUUUGGGAUAUGCCCUCUAUAGUCUUCAACUCACUCUCAUUCGCCAUCGUGCGCACGUACGCUAUACCUUCCAUAUCAAGGGUGCUAUGCGGUACCAAAGAACUUCGCUCAGGGCCGACCGUGUCGAAGCGGUACCUCGAUACAGCAAUCAUUGCCGCGACUUGGGGAACCUGCCCUAUCAGCACGAAGGAGCCGCCGUCGGAGUUCUAUGCGGGAUCAGUCGGGACAGAAGACGCAAGUACGGACCCGCGAACGUUCAUAGCGGUCGCGCGCAUGAACUGGAUACACUCCCACUACAAGAUAAGCAAUGAUGACUACCUCUAUACGUUGGCAUUGUUCAUCUUCGAGCCCAUAAAGUGGAUCCGGCUAUACGGCUGGCGUCCGCUCUCUGAUUUGGAGAUACAGGCUCGCUAUGUCUUCUACAGGCAGAUCGGUGAGAUGAUGGGCAUCAAGGAUAUCCCGAGCACCGUGGCCGAACUUGAAGCGUGGGCCGAGGAUUACGAGACGCGCGAGAUGCUCCCUGCUGACACCAAUCAUGCGCUGGCGGAGGGCAUGCUAGAAGAGCUUGUCUCAAGUGUUCCUUCACUCUUCCGAGGACCGUUCAAGCGCAUCGCUAUUUGUGCAAUGGAUGACAGGAUGAGAGUGGCCAUGAAGCUACCCCAACAACCUCGCGCAUUGCAUGAUUUGGUGAGCGCUGGUGCUGCCGCCAUGCGAGUCAUUCAACGACAUUUCCUUCCCCCGCGGGCGCAUGCAAAGUGCAUCAUUCCGCUCGAGUCGGGUUCGGCCACGUUACACCCCAAACUGACACGUUCGCAUCCAAUACUGAGAGUUUCCAAGCCCUGGUACGCUCCGCGUACGGUUGGUCCCAAGCGCCUUCUGGAGAGACUUGCACUCGCCGUGGGGCUUCUGAGUGUAGACGACAUCCCUAGUCCUCAGUAUAGUGAAGAGGGAUAUAGGCUUGAGGAGCUUGGACCACAUCGCUGGAAGAAUACUGGGCAUGCAGAAGUCAUGCAAGAGGCAGGUGAAAUGAUGGGAUGUCCCGUCCGAGGUAUUUGGGCGCGGGAUGGUUAA